AUGGCUUCGAGAGCUUGGGCGUGGUUUCGCACUAAUGCAGCACCGCUGACGCCCGUUGUCGGCGUCUUAGCCUGCUAUGCGUGGAAUGCAACUGAGACGCAGGGCAUGGCACGACAAAUCCGCAGAGGACACUUCCAACCAAAGACUCCUGCGGACUACGACCACCGGUUUUGCCUGUUUGACAGGUACAUGAUGGAGAAAGCUCGGAUGGUCGGCCUUGUUGGGCUGAAAUCUACAGGAAAGGCCAGCACUUUGUCGCACUUCCUGAGAGAGAAGCCGAACCCCUUCUACCUGUCGCUCACGGAUGGCAACGUCUACGACGCAAUGUAUGACCAGAUGAAAGAUUCAGUCCUUCGUCUCCCCUUCUUCGCACACCACCUUCGGUGGGAUGCUGGGAAAAACAGCAAGAAGAUCGUCAUCGAAGUCUUCGAGCUGGUGCAGGAGCAGACAGGCUCGCCGGUGCAGGUGGGGGUGGAUGUGGUGUUGCCCGCCAGUGCAGUGGUCUCACCAAAGGCAGACCAAGCAGUGAAGACUGCGCAGAGUGUGCUGUUGGGAACGGCAAGCUCAGUCCCAAUUUCCACCGCAAUCCACGUCCACCAGCUCGUCAAGGAUGUGAAGUGGCUUUGUGCUGACGCGAGGGUGGCUUCGGCAGUCAUAGCAUCCAGCGAGGGCUUGGAGCUUCUGAGUGUGAAUGAGCCAAGACUUGAGAAGCUGAUGGCAGAGGAGAUGCUGGUCGAGAAAGCCAAUGACUACCUCCAGCACAUCCACGCCAAGGGCUACACGGAAGAGAUGCUCAAGAACAUCCCGCGAACCUUCGAGAGCCUUCAAAAGUUCAAGAGAACAUUUUGCAAGAACGAGAUGAAGGGGUGGAUGAAGAAAGAUGGAGGUCUCAGGGCUGCGAAGGUUCUCUACAGCAAAGCGCUUGUUGGAGCAAUCAACUACAGGGACACUCGCCAGCACUGCAAAGAUGAGCAGAACUUCAUGGCGAAUUUCGUGAGACCCAACCUCUUCACCGCCACACCAGCUGCAGAGUACAAGUUCCAAUUCAGUUGUGUAGCCGAGGCAGCGAAGACUGUGUUCGGCCUGCUGGGGCAUCGCUUGUUCCGCUUGGAUCACCAGACUCCACGCGUCCUGAUGGUGGGACGUGGCAUUAAGGGCGAGAAGGGCUUGCCUGACUAUCCGAGCCCUUUCCUGGAGAGCCCAGCGCGCGAGACUCUAGAGGUCAUGUGGCAGGUCAGAGAAGUGAACCUCAUCGAUGCGCCGGUUGCGGACAAGACGUCCCGGAAGCGCCAUCGGUUCGUGUUCACGAAAUUGAGGGCAUUUGAGGUCCCCUACCGCAAAAUUAUUUUCUUCGACCUAGACAUCAUAGUGCGACGGUCUCCGGCCGAGCUCUUUCAGGUCCCAGCACCAGCCGGCAUGUACCAUGGCCAUUGGGACCGGAGCAAAGCCAGACACGGCGAACCGAUCCCAGAAGAGGCCUUCUACGACCAUGGGCGCGUUGGCUGCAUCAAUGCUGGCCUCAUGCGUUUAGACCCUCCUAGCAGCAAGAAAGAACGAAGGCACAAGGUAGAUGAUUUGGUGAAGAAGGUGCACGCGUUGACUGAGAAAGAACAGUCAUAUCUACCCGAGCAGUAUUUCUUGGUGAAACAGCUCAAGGGCUGGCGACACAUUGAAGUGUCCUGGAAUUGCGAGGUGACCGCCGAAUGGUUCAUUCAGUCGGUACACAGAAACAAUCGAAGGAACAAGGCCGACAAGGCCCUCAAGGCGGUGGAGGUUCUGCGAGCGGAGAUGCCCGACGAUUGGUGGGCCCUUGGCUCUGAGGAGCAACUUGGGAAUCGCGUUGGGAUGUUCCAUUUCAGUGGGACCUGGCUGUACCCAUGGUGGUACUCUCAUUUGCCGCCCCUUGAAGCAAUGAAAAUGAUCAAGGAACAAUACAAAUUCCGAGACGCCCGUGGUAUGAUGGCCUUAGCUGUUUUCGAUUGGCUGAGUGCCCUACAGGAGCUCCGAAAGUGCGAGUCCUUCCAACCAGAGCAGGCGGCCUACUUGCGUGACGUCAUUGAACGCUAUGAAUAUGUCUCCCAGUACUGGUGGGAUGAGAUUGAGAAGUGUGAAAAGUGCAAGAUGUACAAGGAUGAAGAGAUUUGUGAGGAAUGCCUUGUGAAAGCAAAGUUGAACCCGUCCAGCGAGAUGCUCCCAGGCAGCAACAAGAAGCGUCCAAGACUUCAAGGGAAGGCUUCUGAGAAGGACCGUCAGCGGCCGACCAAUGGAUGUGACAGCCGCAAGGUGUCAGACGCAACAACUGCCAGUGAACUUAGCUGCGAGGAAAAGCAGAAGGUCUUGGCCAAGGAUGCCAAGGGUGCCAAGGGCAAAAAACCACGAGGAAAUGUCGCACUUGUGGGAUGUGUGUGGCUCAACUUGGACUUCAGUGGAGUUCGGGGAGGGUUGGAAUAUGCUCGUCGCAGUGACAGCAUCGCUGAACUUGGCGUGGGCGAGGGCUGGUCUUCUGUGGCCUUCACUCGAGCGGCCCUGGAGCGUGGCCGCCCGGGCGGGCGAUAUCGAUAUCGGAUGUAUGACAUCGCCAGAUCCCCGAAACUGGACAUGAUUUUCCCUUUCGUGGUGAACUGCAGCAAUGUGGAUUUUGAAUUUUACGAGGGCGAUGUGUUGAAUCAGACCUUGCUCGAGCAAGUUGGAGAUCAACAGGGACCUUUCCCUCCAGUUGAUUUGCUGUUCAUCGACACCUUGCACACCUUUGAGCAGUUGAUGGCGGAACUGGAAGCUUUUGCCCGCAACACCAAUCUCUACAUCAUCCUCCAUGACAUGGAAAGCUUUGGGAAACACGAUGAGUUCAUCCACGAUACGGUCACAUCAGUCUCAUACCAGCGCAAGUUGAAGCGUUUGGCGGAACAAGAACAGCUACAUCUUCAAACGUUGAUGCAAAAGCAUGAGGUGUCAUCCGCGAAGGAUUGUGAUAAACACCUGAGGGAAGAGGCAAAACAGAAAGCUGCAGAAGACUUGGCUCACCAGUCGGGACUUCACAAUGCACUGAGAUUUUGGCUGCAGGGACCUGCUGGGGACGAAUGGGAAAUCUUGGAACAUUCCUUGGCAGACAAUGGGCUCACAGUGCUUGGAAGGAUCCAUCCUAGAUCCACUAAGAUGCCAGUGGAAAGCCGGGAGAAUUCCACUGAACAUUGCAGGCGCCAAUUGCAGAAGAUCAGAGAACUUGCGCUUCUCCAGCCGCUGUUGGUGUUAUCACCGGGUACUCCAGCAGCGACCGAGCGACGACAAGUGCAGAAACUAAGGCGGCUCCUGAGGGCGGCGCGACGACUUUGCCCAGGUCAGUGGGAAGUGAGAGCUGCCAUGCAACUGCUGCAGUGGCACAUGGGGAUUCAUAGCCGCCCAGCUGCUCCAAUAGGAACGGCACAAAGGCAGAGUGCGGAUUUCUUCUUUGCCACGUUGGCGCAUCGGGACCAGCGGGACCAGCGGGACCAGCUACAAUGGAUAGAGUGGCUUGAGGAGAGUGUCACUCGCUGGCCUUUCAGACUUGAAGGUUGGUUUCACCUGGCCAAACACCUCACGUCGGAUCCACGGGAACGUCCCCGUGCCAUUCACGCCUGGCGGCGCGUCUACGUCUUGUCCCAGCGCAACCGCUGGGCGGCGCUGGCGGCGGUGGAGGCCUUGCAAUUUUUGGGCCGUGGCGAUGAAGCCGACCACUUGCGGAAGGGUUUAUCGGACUUGAUGCCUGAGACUGAGAAGAUCUGGGAACCACAUUUGCAGUCUGUCCCUGCACCGAAGUCCAACUUUCAUAGUGAUUUUCAAAUGGCCAGGCGGUUGCUCGAAGAUCAUUUGCCCCGUAUCCGCAAUGAACUUGAAGUGCGCCACAAGAAGCUACCCGCACCAAAGUGCGAAGGUGCAUUCUGUGAACAGAUCUUAUUCAAAAAAAUCGAUACCUUUGCCAGCAAUGUUUCAUCGUCAACUUGCAUCUUGCCACAGCUGUGUCGCACCCUGCAAGAGGUAGAAACACAGCACGGACUCCACGUGUUGGCAUCCUCCAUGGUCGAAGCACAUGAUCCAACGGCACCAGUCACGCAGUUUCCAGGGCGCCUUCGACUUUGGUGUGCAAUGAUGCACUUCUUGGAUUCCUGCUUCUGGCUGGAUGAAGGGGUCUCCUUGAAAAUCAGUUCCUCCAGCUCACCACAAUUUUUUGUGGUGGAUUUUCGCGACCCAACUUACGAAGAAACCGAUCUGGACGGAGACACUUUCCACAGCCUGCUAUGGUUGCAAAGUCUCCUCACGCGCCUUGGUGAUGCUUCAAGCUCUACUGGUCUUUUGGAAGCGAAGCCAGCCAGAUUUCAGGCGGCCAUGAUUUUGCAGCUGUGCUUGGUGGCUUCAGCGGCUUCAGCCCUUGCCAGCUCUGAGAACUGCGAUGCAGGUGCCAGCUGCGCCGCGUCCAUGGACGCAAACAGCGAGGGGCCAUCCAUGGCGCUGCUGCAGACGGCGAACCAGCGGAGCCUCGGCAGCAACACGGCUAAAUGCUUCGCGGGUGCGGGGCCUGGCGGGGCCCAGAUCUGUGCAACGCAGCGAAUUCAAUGGGCCAAUGUGAGCAAGCCGAAUGUAGCGGCAAUCGAGUCAUCCAAGGAGUCCAAGGCUUCCAAGAAACUCACGGGCGGCACAUGCCUCAUCAGUGGCAUUUGCGACGACAGCCGAAGUGCAGAAUGCGACAGGACCCAAGGCUCCUUUACCUACGGCCAAUGCGUCUGUCCGCAAUUCACCUGCGCUUCUGAAGGCAAGUGCAGCUGGUCCGCGGCAGAGAUCCGCGAUGCCGUGGGCAGCGGGGCCGACAACGUAGUGGAGAAGGUUACCUCGACCGCAGCCAAUAUCCCGGGCUUAGCGGAUACCGCGGGCGCGAUCCAAGGAGUUUGGAACACCCUGGGCCGCACGGCCACGGUUUGCGGCAGCGGUGGAGUUGUGAGUUGUUCGUUUCUCAAAAUGGGACGUACCCCAAAACCAUUGGAAGAAAGGGGUGGUUUUGGCAACCCCAUGAUAUAUAUUGACGGACUGAAACUUAGAAUGCGCGCCAGGUUUCCAAAAAUCCCUUUUUCGUAAACUUAGAAUGCGGCGCAGCCCCGGGCGGCGACCAGACAGUUAGAAUGCUGACCCAAGAUGUUUAGAUUGAGAUAGAUAAAGAUAUACUGAAAUGACGGAUGGGGCAUCAUGGAGCAUUCUAACUGUCUGUAAACUACUCUCAGGAAAGGAGCGUAGCAUUCGAAGUUUCAGUCCGUCGGUGUGUGUAUAUAUAUUGUACAUAUAUUAAAAAAGAUAAAUAUAUAGAUACGUAGCUAAAAAAAACGUGGCCUCAGGGAACCUCAUUGGGUGCAAGGUACAUGGUCCGGCACUAGCAUAUUCUAGCAUGGAUGUGUGGGUUUGCAUCAUGUUUUCAAAAAAACUUUCUAUAUACAUACCAAGUAUGUAUGUUUCCAGGAAAACACCAGGGAACCUUGAGGGAACACAUGAGUUGUGGGGUACAAUUGUCUGCGCAACCAAAUAUAUAUAUAUAUAUAUUUCCCAACAAUCAAUGUUUUGAAGAAACUCAUGGGUUUUAGGCAUUCCUACCUCCCACAUUCUAACUGCUUGUAAACCUAUAUAUAUUCGAUGUUGGUAAAAUGCAAUUUUCCAGUUUUGCCGUUAAAAAAAAUAUAUAAACAUCUUUUCCAAUCAGUGACAGUUACAGGCAUUCCAGCUAGUGGCCCAUCUAGGAGGUAAAACAAAGGUAUUUAUCAAUGAUGGGGAUCCUUUACUAAAGCCACAUUCUAACUGUCUGUUCAACACCAUUAGUGGCUGGGUGUGUCCUCUUUUCCAGAAGCCUAUCUACCUCAGGUAUGUGUUCAAAAUCGCAAUUUUGUACGGGAAACUCACUUUUGUCAAGGUUAUCGAAUGGGGAAAGCGAGUAAAAGCACCCAGACCUGCAAAAUGCACAAAAAAAAAAAGAGAUAUCCUCAAACAGGUACAUUCAUAUACCCAGAACCUCCAAAUACCCUGAAAAGUUGCUAAAACUAUGAAAAUUAUGUGGUAAACUACCUUUUUUAUGGUGACUUGGAGGGUCUAGGAUAUAUAUAUAUAUAUGUGUGUUUCUGCCUGGAAAAAACAUAUGUCCUUGGUGGCAUUCUAACUGUUGAUUGCCGAAUAGCUUCAUCCUAGGUGGGGGGGGGGCAUUCUAGGUUCUGAAAUGCUGGUAAAAUGCAAUUUUCCAGUUUUGCCGUUUAAAAAAAAAUAUAUAAACAUCUUUUCCAAUCAGUGACAGUUACAGGCAUUCCAGCUAGUGGCCCAUCUAGGAGAUAAAACAAAGGUAUUUAUCAAUGAUGGGGAUCCUUUACUAAAGCCACAUUCUAACUGUCUGUUCAACACCAUUAGUGGCUGGGUGUGUCCUCUUUUCCCAGAAGCCUAUCUACCUCAGGUAUGUGUCCAAAAUCGCAAUUUUCUACGGGAAACUCACUUUUGUCAAGGUUAUCGAAUGGGGAAAGCGAGUAAAAGUACCCAGACCUGCAAAAUGCAC